AUGGAAUGGUUUGUACACCCCCGAGUUAAGAGUAGUUUCUUCUUUCUCUCUCUUGGGUCGAGCUCCUCCAUCUCCUCAUUUGAUGAGGGUAAACGUUUGUUUUGCCCUCUGGGCCUUGUUUUCAGUGAGCUUGUUAUGCUCGUCUGAUGCUUCCCCUAAGAACGACAAAACUGCCGUGGUUGUUGGAAUUGGAGAAUGUGCUGACUGUUUGAAGAACAAUAUUAAGAGCAGCGAUGCAUUCUCAGGACUCAGUGUAGCCAUCGACUGCAAGGUCGCAAAUGGUGGAUUCAAGACAAGAGGAACUGGGAAACUCGACCAGGAUGGAAAAUUUCACGUGAAACUUCCUAGUGAGCUUGUGAAUGAAAAGGGAGAAUUAAUUGAAGAAUGCUUUGCACAGCUCCACAGCGCGUCACAAGAUCCCUGCCUGGCCAACAAUGGCCUCGAGCCCACCAAGAUAGUCCUCAAAUCAAAAGAGAAGGGAGAAUACACGUUUGGCUUGGCCGGAAAAGUAACAUUCACAACAGCCACUUGCACAUCAGCUUUCCUAUGGUCCUUCAAAUUCCCUCCACUGCCCAAGUUACCUCCAUUCUACAAGCCCUCACCAUGGUUUAUGCCCUUACCCAGCAUUCCACACCCACCAUACAAAAACUUCCCAUUCCCUCCAAAGGUUUUCCCUCCCUUCCCACCAAACGUAUUUCCACCCCUAGUUCCUGUCUACAAGCCCCCACCAAAGGUGUUUCCACCCAAAGUUCCUGCUUAUAAUCCUCCACCUAAAGUUCCUAUCUAUGAGCCUCCACCAAAGGUAUCUCCACCACCUGAAGUUCCCAUCUAUGAGCCUCCACCAAAGGUAUCUCCACCACCCCAAGUUCCUACCUAUAAGCCCCCACCUAAGGUAUCUCCACCCAAAGUUCCUAUCUAUGAGCCUCCACCAAAGGUAUCUCCACCACCCCAAGUUCCUAUCUAUAAGCCCCCACCUAAGGUAUCUCCACCCAAAGUUCCUGUCUACAAUCCCCCGAAGGUCUGCCCUCCACCAGUCCCAAAGUUUAAGAAGCCAAAACCACCACCAGUGCCCAUUAUCGAGAAGCCUCCACCAGCCCCAAUGAUAAAAAAGCCAUGUCCUCCCCCUCCUUCGCCUAAACUUCCUCCCACCCCAAAGAUCCCUCCCAUCUAUAAAAAGCCAUCGCCUCCCGUCCCAAAGAUCCCUCCCAUCUAUAAAAAGCCAUCGCCUCCCGUCCCAAAGAUCCCUCCCAUCUAUAAAAAGCCAUGUCCUCCCCCUCCUUCGCCUAAACUUCCUCCCACCCCAAAGAUACCUCCCAUCUAUAAAAAGCCAUCGCCUCCCGUCCCAAAGAUCCCUCCCAUCUAUAAAAAGCCAUCGCCUCCAAUCCCAAAGAUCCCUCCCAUCUAUAAAAAGCCAUCGCCUCCAAUCCCAAAGAUCCCUCCCAUCUAUAAAAAGCCAUCGCCUCCAAUCCCAAAGAUCCCUCCUGUCUAUAAAAAGCCAUCGCCUCCAAUCCCAAAGAUCCCGCCCAUCUACAAAAAGCCAUCGCCUCCAAUCCCAAAGACCCCUCCCAUCUACAAAAAGCCAUCGCCUCCAAUCCCAAAGACCCCUCCUGUCUACAAAAAGCCAUCGCCUCCAAUCCCAAAGAUCCCUCCCGUCUACAAAAAGCCAUCGCCUCCAAUCCCAAAGACCCCUCCCGUCUACAAAAAGCCAUCGCCUCUAAUCCCAAAGAUCCCUCCCGUCUAUAAAAAGCCAUCACCUCCAAUCCCAAAGAUCCCUCCUGUCUACAAAAAGCCGUCGCCGCCCAUCCCAAAGUUCCCUCCCAUCUAUAAAAAACCAUUGCCUCCCAUCCCAAAGUUCCCUCCCAUCUUUAAAAACCCAUUGCCUCCCUUCCCAAACUUUCCUCCUAUCUAUAAAAUACCAUUGCCCCCCAUCCCAAAGUUUCCUCCCAUCUAUAAAAACCCAUUGCCACCUUUCCCUCCACAUGGCAGUUGGCCUUCUCAUAUACCUCAAUAUUCAACCAAGGGCGCAACCCAAAUGCCCUAGAAUAUGUAAAAGGCAAGAAAUCUUUGUUAAUUAUUGUGUUUCCAUUUAGCAGGUUGUAUUAUCUUCUUUCACAAGUUUAGAGGGUUUUCAUGGUAGGUUGGUCAUAUCAUAAGGCCAUGGCGUAGAAGAAGAAAAUCCGUUGGAAAGAGCUUGCGAGUAAGGUCCUUGAUUUCCCUUAUAUGUUAUUUAUUGAAUAUGUGUACUGGUGUUACAUUAUUGUAGGUGGGAUGUUGUAAUAUCAAGUGGUUGUUUCCACCAAGAAUAAUAUAAUGUUCUCACUUCUUGUACAGCUCA